AAUGAGACCAUAUAGUAAUACGGGUCCUGAGUUAAGGAAAGGUGCAUGGACUGUGCAAGAAGAUACGCUUCUCAAGAACCAUAUUGAUAAACAUGGUGAAGGGAAAUGGCACCUCAUUCCUCUCAAAGCAGGUUUAAACAGGUGCAGGAAGAGUUGUAGGCUACGAUGGUUGAAUUAUUUGAGGCCAAACAUAAAACGAGGAGACUUUGCUCAAGAUGAAGUUGAUCUUAUACUUAGGCUUCAUAAGUUGUUAGGAAACAGAUGGGCAUUGAUUGCUGGAAGAAUACCAGGGAGAACCGCUAAUGAUGUGAAAAAUUACUGGAACACUCAUCAGCGUUCUUGUUCCAAACAACGAAAGAAAUUACCUAAAGAUGAUGAAUUAUUACAAAAAAGCAAGGUGCCAAUUAUUAAGCCACAACCGCGGACCUUUUCCAAAACCCUAAAUUUGGGUAACAACCCACACAUUAAGGCUCGUGAAGGUGGUAACCUAAAAUCUUGUAAUGAUGAUAUUAAAAAUAACUUUAAUCUGUCCUCAGGGUUGAACUUGCCAUCUAAUGUACUUGAUGACAACAUUAACAAGUAUAUAGACGACUUAUUUGAUGAUCAUGAAAUAUUUGUUACCCAAACUAAUCUGUCCUCAGGGUUAAACUUGUCAUUUUGUGGUUCUUUAGAGAAAGGAGAAACCUUAAAUGUUGUUGAUCAAGACGAUGAUGAAAUUAGUUUCUUUGAUUUCCCCAUGGAUGAUAUCACGAUGGAGCUUAUUAACUCAGAUCAACUAUGAUCUUGAACAUUGUUUCACUCAUGUUUGUGUAUUAUUGAUCAAUAAUUAAGAAAGUAUAUAGUGUUAUGUUG